CCCGACACUGCUCGGCGAAUUCAUUCUCCGUUUUCAAACCUAGUGCCAACUGUACAUGAGCGGGUCCGUUAUGAACGCAUGCAGCUGCAAGAAGCGCAAGUGUCCCCGAUGCUGCGAGCAGAUGCUCGUCCAGAACCUUUUCAAGGUGCUGGUAAAGCUCCCCGAGAAGAGCAUUGAGUUUCGAUGCGUCCGAGCGCUGCUCAGCGGCAGCUUUACCAACAUCAACUUGAACUCGACGUUGGCAUCGUGUGGGUACACGGUGAACAUUGCCCCCCACAGCUACGCUGCUGGUCGCCGAGACUUUUCGCUGCUUGAAAAGGGCCAUGGCUUGCAAAAGAACCCGAACUCGCCCUCUGGCCCCCGUCGCGGCCGCCGUGGCAUCUCGAAGGUGUUUCGCCAAGAAAUCGCGCGUUACUUCUCGCUCGGGCAAGCGUUGGAUGCGAAUCAAUGCUUGCUGUGGCUGAAGACCAACGUCUUGGACGAAUCGUCGUUCCCAACGGAAGAAGAGAUCCACCGCGUGCUGACCAACUUGAGUCAACCCAAGAUCAAGCGCGCGCCAGGCGAGGGCGAAGGCACGGAGCGCCGUGGCCGCAAGCCCAACCCCUACCGCAGCCAAGUGACGAUGUUCUUGCUGAACAACAAGAACGCCAACCCCAACGACUGCUACCAGUGGCUGCUGCAAAACUACGUCAACCCGGACCUCCCCCAGCCCGACCUCAAGCAAAUCAAGACGCUGAUCAACAACAUCAAGUCGAACCCGAACUUUCGAUCGCAAGCCAUGUACUAACCAACCUUCCUGAAUCGUCUUGUCUUUUGCUUGUACGUGUUCCUUGCUUGCGAUGUCCUCGCCAUGUGUCUCAUGUGGUUGUGACUUGUAGAAGUGUCCUCUUAUGAUCGACUAUCGUGUGCGUGCUGCUUGCUGUGUCGCCCGCCCCCCAUUGUGCUGUUGGUAUAUAUUGCCCGAUUGGACGAAAUGGGCGAUGCGAUGCGAAAUAAAUAUAAUAUAGUCGACUUUUUUCCGA